CUGUAAUUACAACAAAAUGCAUCAAACUUGUCUAUGUGCUACUCUCCCACUGCAGUCAAAGAGAAAUUCUUCAAUAACAACCUCUUUCAAGCUUACAAAACCAUCACAAUCCACUCACACAAGAACAAUUAGGUCUCAAAGCAUGUUACAUUCCCACACCCCAACAAACCAUAAAUGGUCUCUUAACGGCAUGACAGCUCUUGUUACAGGUGGAACUCGCGGAAUUGGGUAUGCCAUUGUGGAGGAAUUGAUGGGGUUUGGUGCUAAAGUGCAUACUUGUGCUAGAAAUGAAGAUGAUCUUAAUAAGUGUUUGAAGGAUUGGAAUCAUUUGGGUUUUGAGGUUACUGGUUCGAUUUGUGAUGUGUCAGUUCCACAACAGAGGGAAGUGCUUAUGGAGGAUGUUUCUUCUGUCUUCAAUGGGAAACUCAACAUCCUUAUAAACAAUGUAGGGACAAACAUUCGGAAACCAAUGAUAGACUUCACAGCUGCAGAGUUUUCCAGACUCAUUGAUACCAAUUUAGGAUCCACCUUUCAUAUGUGCCAGCUUGCAUAUCCACUUCUCAAAGCAUCAGGAGUGGGUAGUGUUGUUUUUAUAUCUUCUGUUUCUGGCUUUGUCUCACUGAAGUCAAUGUCUGUUCAAGGAGCAACAAAAGGGGCAAUUAAUCAACUUACGAGAAAUCUAGCUUGUGAAUGGGCAAAAGACAACAUAAGGAGUAAUGCAGUUGCACCUUGGUACAUCAGAACUUCGAUGGUAGAGCAAGUUCUGAGCAACAAAGACUAUUUGGAAGAGGUGUACUCUCGAACUCCCCUAAGACGCCUAGGCGAUCCAGCAGAAGUGUCUUCUCUUGUUGCCUUUCUUUGCUUACCAGCUUCGUCAUACAUCACUGGGCAGAUUAUAUGUGUUGAUGGAGGAAUGUCCAUCAAUGGUUUCUCCCCGACACACAUCUAAGAACUGCAUCUCAAGCAUAGUCCUUGUAUUUUAUUAAUUUUCCUCGUCACCUGCCAUUACAAAGGACCGAGGGACUGAGUUCAAAUCUAAAGAAAUGGUUAUAAAAUGACAAUAAGUGUUACCCGUAAUGAAUAAUAAUUUCCUAUUCUCCAUUUUUUUUUUAAA